CUUCUAGUCACUGAUUGGUGCGUAUUUAAAUGAAAAUGAGCUGGAAAACAAAGGACAUUUAAAAUGUUAAAUAAAUUAAUAUUUAUUGAAAAUUUUUUUUUAUUUAUCAAAUAAGAAUGAUAGUAGAUCUUACAUGUAUGAAACUCCAGAUACUUGCAUUUAUAAAAUUUGUGUAAUAAAUGUUGGUACAAUGACCUUGAAUUUCUCAAAGAUGUGCAGUGGUAACCCUGACGAAAAUAAAGUUACCUUUUGAUUAGGUUACCUUACAAUCAUGAUUUGGUGAAGGAAUCGUGUUUCUUUAUUGUAUGAUAAAUAAAUAAAUUAGUAAAAAAUUAUUAUAAAAAAUGACCCUAUAUCAUUUUGGUAAUUGUUUAGCAUUAGUAUAUGUUCCAUAUUAUAUGACCUAUAAAUACUCUGGUUUGUCGGAAUAUGGUGCUUUUUGGAAAUGUAUACAAGCUGGAGGUAUUUACAUAUUUACACAAUUGGUAAAAAUGUUAGCACUUGCUACUUUCUUUCCUACAGCAGAUAGUGUCGGAGAAGAAGGUUUUGAUUUAUUUGGUGAAUUUCUGAAGUCUUCUAUAGAUUUAGCAGAUUUAGUAGGUAUCCUCCUAGUACUUAAUGGUAUUCCUGGUAAAGGUCAUGCUAAAGUAUUAACUGCAGGAAUAGGUUGGGCAGGUGCAGAAGUUCUUCUCACAAGAUUCCUAUUGUUAUGGUUUGGUGCACGUGGUGCAGAAUUUGAUUGGAAAUAUAUACAGAAAAGUUUAGAGUCUAAUAUUAACUUGGUACAACAUAUAACCACUGCUACACUUGUAUGGCUGUGGUCAAGACAUGAUUUAAAACGCAGCUUAGUUCCUAUUGUUAUUUGCAUGCUUUUAUUAACGGUGUAUAGGCCACUUGUUCUAGAUUGUUUAACAUCUCUUUUAUUAGCUGGUGCUUGGUCAACAUUAGUCGUAAAAGCACUUACAACUUUAAUUAUGGGAGUGAUAACUUUACACAUUUAUGCUGGAUUAGCUCAUUCAAUUGGAAUCUUUUAAAAGUCAAAUUAAUUUUUUUAGUUAGUUUUAUAUUAUUUAGUUAAAUUUAUUAUACCACUAAAUGUUAUUUGAUUUAUAGAGUUUCUCAUUAAAACAUUUUUAUAAAU